AGAUGGCGAAGUGUUAAGAUGUAUUUUCUCUCUGCGGUGCAUCGCGAACAGUGCACAAAAUAAAUAAUAAAAAAAAAAAAAAAAAUAGAAUACGGAAGAAAAAAAAACUCCCUAGAAAAGAAAAAAAAUAUAUAUCACCUCACAAAAUUAUAUAUUACGUGACAUCAACGAAAGAAAGAAAGUUUUUCCACAAAAAAAUGCAAUAAAAAAAAGGUGAAAAAAAGUGAACAUCUGUGUGCAACAAAAACAAAAAAAAAUUUAAUAAAAGAAGUUUCUCUGUGUUAUUAGGCGGUAGGAGGAAGUUUUCGAACAUACCUAAAAAUUGUUGCUUUUUAUCAUACUAAAAUAAAAAUAAUAUAAAAAAAAAACAGUGCUGUCGUUGUUGUUUUUGUUUUAGUUAGUUUUUAUCUAGAUACAACUUCCUCCCUCUCUCGCUUUGUAACUAACCUCUCCUCUUUCUCUUCCUCCUACUCCACCAACACCGCCCAAAUAAAAACUCCACUUCCACCACCUCAAAAAAAAAAAACAAAUUCAAGAAUAAAUCAAGGAAACGAAGAAAAAAAACGAGAAGUUCCGUGGCCGUCGCUUGUCGGUGCGUUUGUAUGCUUUUUUUUUAUGAAUUCCAAGGUUCUAAGGAGUUUCUCUCGGUGCUAACAUCUUUUCUCUCAAAUUUUCCCCUAAGAAUUAACUUAUCUUGAUUUUUAUUGAUAGAUUUAUAAAGGAAAAUUGUUUAAUUUUAAGUUUGCGUGUGUGCUCACAAAAUAUAUUUGAAAUAAAAAGUCAAGAAGUUAUAAAAAUAAGUAAACAAAAACUGGGUGCGGAUAUUUUGUUGUUUUUUUUUUUUUUAUUCUGCCUUCACUGACUUCUGCUGGAUUUGGUUCUGUUCGUUUUGUUCUCCAAAAAAAAGUAAAAAAAAAAAACUCAAGGCACAACGAACAAUUAAAUCAAACCAAACAGCACUAACAACAACAACAACAACAACUGGGACGAGGAGGAAUAUAUAGCAACUCUCAGGGCAAUAAAACAAAAAAAAAAAAAAAACUUGAAAAAGGAGGAAAAACUUGGUUUUCUGUUGAACUACUUCUUUUUGCCUUGAGUUGUUCUUCAUAAAAAAUAAGGAACCUUGAUUGCUUCUAACUAAAAAAAAAAGAAUAAAUAAUAAUUGCUUCCCAAAAUGGUGAUAGGUGAUACAGAUGGUGCUGCGGUACCGGAAGGCGUCAAUACAUUGGCGCAUCCCUCCGGUAUUCCGCAAGAUAAGAUUGACAAUAUAAUGAGCGGCAUUAGCAAUACGGGUGCUGUAAAAAUGAAUAAUCACAGAAAGAAAUUGCGACAAAGAUUUGAUAUUAUAAAGAAACUUGGACAAGGUACAUAUGGUAAAGUUCAGUUGGGCAUUAAUAAAGAAACUGGACAAGAAGUUGCAAUUAAGACAAUAAAAAAAUGUAAAAUAGAAGCCGAAGCUGAUUUGGUGCGCAUUCGGAGAGAAGUUCAAAUUAUGAGCUCAGUACAGCAUCCAAAUAUAAUACACAUUUAUGAAGUCUUUGAAAACCGUGAAAAAAUGGUUCUAGUCAUGGAAUUUGCUGCUGGCGGAGAACUAUACGAUUAUUUGUCAGAACGUAAAGUCCUAAAUGAAGAAGAAGCUCGACGAAUAUUCCGUCAAGUAUCCACCGCUGUUUACUAUUGCCAUAAACAUAAAAUUUGUCAUCGUGAUUUAAAAUUAGAAAAUAUAUUACUUGAUGAAAAUGGCAAUGCUAAAAUUGCCGAUUUUGGUUUAUCAAAUGUAUUCGAUGAACAACGACUCCUAUCAACAUUUUGUGGUUCACCAUUGUAUGCAUCGCCAGAAAUUGUCGAAGGUACACCAUAUCAGGGGCCUGAAGUCGAUUGUUGGUCAUUGGGUGUAUUACUCUACACUUUGGUCUAUGGAUCAAUGCCAUUCGAUGGAUCAAAUUUUAAACGACUUGUUAAACAAAUCAGUCAAGGUGAUUACUAUGAACCAAAAAAGCCAUCUAGAGCUUCAUCAUUGAUCAGAGAAAUGUUGACAGUUUGUCCGCGUAAGAGGGCAACCAUUGAACAAAUUUGUAGCCACUGGUGGGUGAAUGAAAACGAUAAUGUGUCAUGUUUGGAUCUAGCUGAGAAUCUUGCUAACCAAACACCCGUUCGAUUGGAUGUCCUAUUGUCACUAUCGCCUCCAUCAGUUCAUGCAGAACAACUGGUUGUUCCAAAUGCAGACACAAAUACCAAGGCUAAUGAGAGAGUACCACGAAGUCAUUCGGUGGGUUCGAUUAGGGAUAUGGGAAACACAGAAGCAGAGAGACGAAUCCUAGAUAUGGUUGCAGCUGGCGGAGAAGCUGCAUUAAUGCCAUCACCAACUCGCACAAUAACACCGGCUCAAAGCCCCGUACAAGUCAAGCGAAAACUUGUGACGACAGUCUCAACAGAAAGCGCCGCUGGUGCAGUUAAGAAAAAAGAACGCCCUAUGGAAGGAGCUGUGGCUAAUGAAGCCAAUGAACAGCCCGAACCGCCUACAAAAAUGGACGUAACUGAGAGUGUUGUAGAGACUGAAAGUAAUAAAACACCAACGGCAGGUGGUGAAUUCUCGAAACAAGACAUGAAAUUGGUUGAGAAUUUGUGUAAUCAAUUGAUGCAAGAUACACCACCUCAGGUACCACCACCAUCCGUACCGCCAUCAUCACAAAUACCCUCAGAUCAACAACAACAACAAACAUUGGCUCGACAAAAGACGGCUGCUAAAUUAGAUGCAGUCACAGAAGCAAUUGAAGAAGCACAUCCCGAAGAAAAUAGCGCCACAAAGGUUAUUAAAAAGUUUGUCAACAAACACAAGACCGCUGAUCUUGUGGCAGCCUUAAAUAAAAUCUCUCCCGAGAAGACUACCGAUGAUGCAGUUAAAGCACAUGCAAUGUCACACGUUCGAAAGAGUAGCCUUCCCGAUGAAUCGCUCAAUAAAUUUGUUGCGGAUCGUCGAAAAUCACGUAUUCUAGAAACGGCGGAAAAGUUUCAAAAUAUGGGAGGCUCAAAUAUUGAAAAACCAAAGAAUUUCUCGGCGAUAUCCGGUGUUAGUGUGGGUAAUUUUAAGAAAGAAUUCGAAAGAAAAGCUUCACUUACGAGUGUGCCAACAUCGGCAGAACGUCGUGCACUCGAAAAACGAUCCGAAUCGGUUACUAAAGAUCAAACAGCUGAACCCCAAAUUGCAUCAAAGAAGGAGACUUCUUCGAAAUUACCACCAUCAGAGGUGGUGUCAUCAUCUGGAGUAAACAAUAACUCACAGCCAUUAUCACCCAGCAAUUCAGUGGAAGAAAGUGGUUCAAAGAAUUCAAUUACAAACUUUUCUCUCGAAGAGGCCAGACGUUCAAUGGAGAAUUCAAUUGCAUUACUCAAACAGGCUCAAAAUGAAUCAUCCAAAGAAGUCGAUCAAUUGUGUGCAAAGACGGAAAAUGUUGCUGUGUCCGAUGAUCAUUUGACAGAACGAGAAAGGAAACUUAAGAAUGCCCGAGCAAUUAUUGGCAAUGCAAUACAACCAGGUAUACGCAGGCCAUCUCUGUUCGGAAUGGGUGGUGGCCGUUCGAUAUCGGGCAGUGCUGUCAUACCCGAUACACGACAAAUUCGGCUUGGUUCAGCUGGCCGAUUUGAGGUACCCAUGUCGUACUCAGGGUUUAAAACAUCCCCCACAAUGGGUGAACCACCGCAACAACCUCAGCCACCACCAGGAACUGUUAAAACUUCACGUGCUGAAAUUACUCUUAAAUCAGCAACUCUCCCGCGGCGUAAACCAACUACAAAAACCGAAAUUCAAUUGGACAUUAAACCUAGAAUUAUGGAGCAAUCACCAAUGCGUUUUACCACCGAAAUGCAACAUCCAGUGCCCGAUCUACGAAGUGCACCUGUACGUGAGGGACCAUAUAGUCCAUUGUCUCAAUCCAUACAUCAAAGAGCUACAAGUUUGGAACCGACACGAGAACAAUCCAGAGAACAUAUUAUACCAAUUCAAAGGCCUCCGGUUUAUACACGAACAAGUUCCAACACAACAACAAGGUCAGGAUCAUUGUCACGACAAUCGACUCUUGAAUCUGAGUCAGAUAUUACUUCAACAAAUCAGUCACAAUCAACUAUUACUGGUUCCUCUCAGCCAAUUAAGAAAAGUCCUCGUGAAUUUAUUAUACCAAUUGCUGUGGAAGGUGGUGGUUAUAUAACCCCUAGGGCAGGUAGUAUUGAACCAUCUGAAUCUAGCCAGACAACGACAAGUGGAUCUACAUUUAGUCGUAUUAGACCAAGACGUAUUGGGCUUUUGUCAGAAGCAGACGAAGAAAAUCUUCAAUUCCCUAAAAUCAGAACGGCUUCGAUAACCAGGGAGGGAGGAGAAGAUGAGCCAAGGUUUACACUUCAUCGACUAAGGAGUUCCCGGCCAGUAAAGAAAGCCAGUCAAGAGAAUGAUUCACAAAGUUCUGGUGAGGAAGACGACGAUGAUGGCUUUGAAAUUCUUACAGCUGAGAAUCUAUUCUCAACUCUCUUACAACGAGUCCGAGCAUUAACAAAUCGACUGAAUGUGAAUAAUGACUUUACGUCUGGAUUUCCAAAUUCAAGUCGUUUACUAAGCAAUAUGCGACAAAAUCAAAGUCCAUUUUGGAAUCAGGAGCCAUUCGCAAGUCGAUUAACGGGCCCAAGUAAUGUUGGAGCACCAUGGCGCCAUAGUAUGUCGCGUGAUCUGGGUAACGAUAUGGAAUCAAUGUUUUCUCGAACCGGCGCAACAUUGCCUAGAGGAAACAAAAAAAAGAGUCCGAAAUUAAUUGAAAACAAAGAUACUGCCUCCUCUUUACCAGCAUCUACCGAUGAACCAUUAGAUUUGGCCGAUUUAGAUCUAUCUCGAUUGCGUUUGAGUAAAAAAGAUUUAGAAACUCUAUCAAGCAUAACACCAGGUUUACCAAAAUGCUUUCAAGAACAACUUCUAGCCAAGUUACCACCAACACAAGCACGAAAAUUAUCACGUACUUUAUCAAUGCAAAAUAGCACUCACGUUCCUACUGUUCGAGUUUACAAACGUAGUCAAAGUGGUGGUAGAAAUAUGACCACUGUAGACUCUGAACGAUAUACCCCAGGUGAAUUAAGAUCAGAAAUUGAAAAUAAAAAAAUUGCCAACGACUCUAAAUCGAAUUUUUUGAAAAUGAGCGAUAGUUCCCGUGAUGAGGGUUCUGAUCGAUCUCAUAGUCUGAUUUAUCGACGCAGUCUGAGUCGAGGACGUUAUGAUUACGAAAAUGUUCAAGACUUGAAAAAUCGAAGCCAUAGCGUUUGUCGGGUUUCUGACGAUACCAGCAAAUCCUUAUGCUCAUCAUAUUCAAGUGAUGUGAGUGAGAAAUAUAAAUACUACUCGCCAUAUCUCACCAAGGGACGGGAUUCAGAAAGUUCCUCAAUAUCGCCGUACAAACGUUACGAUAGUAUAUCGCCACGUGAAAGCUGUUUAAGUCCUACCAAAGAAUUCAGCAACCGUUUGGUUGGUGGCGAAUGCUUGUCACCGACAUCCGAAAGCCAAGGCAAUCUUUCGAAUCAUCGCCGAUAUGCAAGGUAUUUACGACAAGAAUCUGGAGGUUUGGACGAAAAUCGUUCAAGUGUUGAGAAAAAACCCCGAGGAGAACGUGAAACUCACAGUGUUUUGCGUGAAAUUAAAGAAAAAAGUCGUGAAUCUAGUCGUGAUCGGCUAAGUCAAAGCAUGGAACUUGAUCCGACACUUGGUAUUGAGACUGAACGAAAACCAGAAACAACAACAACAACUCUACGUCAUGUUCGUAAUAAAAGUCUUGAAAUAUAUGCUGACUCUAAUAAAGAAACCUCCUCCAAUGGAACUCAUGUUCGUUCGAAAUCUCGAGACCUACCCCCAGACAGUUCUCUACAAAAAGAAGAAAUUGCUUCGAAAAUUCUCGAAGAGCUUCAAGCUCUCUCCUCUGCAAAAACACGAAAAGACAAAACUGAAGAAACAUCUAGCAGUGCUGCCUCCCGAGAAGUCACCUCCGAGAAAGUCAUAGUCAAAAAAAUAAGAAAAAUCAAACCCAAAGAAAAGUCUUUAGAUUCAGCGGUACCUUCAGCCACUGCUGAAGUGGCUCCAUCUGGUGCCACUGAUAAAGAAGUCAAAACAACUGUUGUGAAAAAAGUUAAAAAAGUUAUUAAACGUACUGAAACAAAACAAGGAGAAGAAAAGACUAGUAGUAGAACACUUCAACCCGAAUCCUCGACUUCCAAGUCUGAUUUAGAAAAACCCAAACGUGAAUCUAAACUUAAGCGUCCUAAAUCCUUUCCCACUAAAGAUGGUGAAAAACCUACUGAGCCUCAAAAUGGUUCAAUUGAAAAUAAUAAUGACUCAUCGACAAUUGAAUCGACAACGACGACAAAAAUUCCACAAACUAAGACUGCCAAUGUUGAUACAUCGCCAGAAGGUCGUAGUGAACCUAAAUUGAUUAGACCAAAAAGUUAUCCCGCCUCAAAAUUAACACCACCAAAAGAUAUUAAACGUAUAUUAUCUAGUCCCCCCGAAAAAGAUGCAACAAAUAAUAUUAUUAAACAAAUUCCUAAGCGCUCAAGUGUAUCUGAAGAAAAGUCUAUAAUUGCCAAGAGUAGUGAUUCAUCAUCACCUAUCGAAUCGAAGCCAUUAACAACGACUGUUAAAAGAGUUGUUAAAGUAACAAGAAAAUCCAAAAUCACAAGUCCCACUUUGACCCCAAGGAUUUCAACUGAUAAUGGUGACUCGAAAACAGCUGAAAAUAGUCCUUCCGAAGGAGGAACAAUGUCAUUCAAAGAUAAAUCUCCUGAGAAAAAAGUUGGCAAAGGUCUACUCUAUGCUAUAGGACAAAAAUUCGAAAAACUUCGAGACUCGGCGAAAAGUCAAAAGAAAACUGUUACCAAAGUAACAACUAGUGCUAAUGCAUUGAACAAUCUAAAAACUCCAGACGAUGUGCCAAAAGAAAAAUUAACUUUGUUGAAGAAGAAAAAAGCCAAAUCCACCGGAGAGUGUUGCGAGAAGAGUGAUGAAAAGACUGAUGAAAAACCUAUAAAAACCGAGACUCGUCGUUCGAGAAUCGAUGCUAUGAUACGAUCGUUACGAGAUCGUUCUGUACCCCGAACACCGGUCUUAACCGAAUCAAAUCUUAUCAAAAGAGCUGUGAGUGUUGAAGAAAUGCCUGGUACUUUCAAUAAAUGUGCUGUCAAUCGUGUCUUGGGUCUUUUUAAGAGAUUCGAAAAAGAUGGCGGUGGUGAUAGGAAAGUUCGAAGUACUCGUUCGACGAGUAAUAUUGAAAGACAAUUGCACAAAUCCGAAUCACCAAUCUAUCAGAACCGUGAUCGUCCUAAAUCUAGUGGUUUCCUAUCAAAGGUUACUAAGAAUUCAAAUAAUGUCAUCUUAGUAAGUAAAUCAGAGGACCAAAAUGGUUAUCAGCCUCAGGUGCAUAUCUUGACGAACAAUAAAAAGAAGGAAAUUCCUUCAAAUGACUCAUGUCCUGAUUGCAAACAGCAAGAUCAGGAACCAAUAAAUAAAAAUAUCUCCUCUAAAACUACAUUGGAGAAAGACGAACUACUACAAACUGCCAAAAUCAUCAAUAAAGAUAACAUUAAAGAUAAACGGAAGACUUUAGUACUGGACUUUACAAAGCUUGAUAAAAUUGACAAUAAUCUUGCCUCAGCAAUGCGUCAAAAUAAUUCGUCAACGAUCAAUGGCAAUACCGUCCAUAACAAUACAACAUCAUACAACGAUAAUGCCACAUGUAAUAACAAUAACAUUAGAACUUCAUCACACGAAAUUAAUCGUAAUCACAUUUAUACACCACAAAAUGACAAUGCUACAAAUUACUCGUCGGAUUCGAGAAGCUAUCAAGAUGAUUGUGCCUCAACGAGUACAUUCUUAUCGCCAACUGAUGAGCCAGAGCUUUGUUUUGAUAAUUGGUCAGUGUGUUCGGAAGAUAAUUACAUGUUGGCAACCCCUUCACCGACUGUUUCUCGGUUAUCAAGGACAUCUCAUUAUUCAUCACCAACUCACGGUGAUGGUAAUGAGAGUGUUAUUGACCGUAUUAAGCGAAGAAGCUUUUAUAGUCGAUUUAAUGAGAAACGACCAAAGCGUCAGAGUACGAUUGUUGGUCCUGGAGCUCGUGAUUAUUAUCGAGAAUCUUCAAUUACUUCAAGUAAACCAAAACCAUCAAGCGAUAGACAACCAUCGCCUGAUAUUACUAAGGAAUUCUUUAGACCACUUAAACUUAGUCCAGCUGGAAGUGAACUUAAACCUCCAAUUUAUAGAUCGACACCAGCUACAACUACAUCUGAUACUUCUAAAUCAUCUACAUCGUCUAGAAGAUUUGAAAAUCUUCAUUCAACGUCUUCACCUAGUUUCCUAUCGAAACGUUAUACUACAGAUAAUGAUUAUUUGGGAAAUAGUAGUUCAAUAGGGAGGACAAAACCAACAAGUACUUAUGAACAAAAUGGUUCGUCAUUAACUCAGCCCACAUCGUUUUAUAGUACUUAUAAUCCGAAACGAAGAUCUUCGUAUAAUUUGAAUGGAAGUGUUCCGGGGUCGAGUGUUACCAAUCAUAAUGUCGAUGGGUAUGCAACAGUUGGUAGACGUUCUACUCUUAGGCCAUAUGAUCAUCGAACAAUGUCAUUGCUCGAUCCGAUUGGACAUCAGAGUUCAACAUCGAUGAUUGGAACUUAUAGACGUGAUUAUAGGACUCCGAUUGGUGCUGAUCUCGGAAGUUAUUCAAGAUCUAGAUCAAAUUAUCGUUCCACAUCGGUGACGCGCAGUCCAACAAACAUUUGAUGCACAACACCACAAAACGGAUUUUGCAUUUUUUGCUAUUAUGCACAACAUAAACGAAGCUCAAAUAAAGAAACCUCCUCAGCAUCUACGGCAGAUAACAAACAACAACAACAAUUACAACAGCAAUUACCUACUAAGCAAAACAACACCAAUUAUAAAUAUUAAAUAAAAAAAAUAUUUUAAGUUUUUAUUUAAAAAAUAAAAUGAAAACCAAAAAAUAUUAAUUUAUAUAUUUUUUUACGUAAAAAUAUUUUUUUGUAUUAAUCACGACUAUAGAGUGCCUUUUUAUUUCAACAAAAAAAAAACCAAAAUAAAAAAAAAUAUGUAAAACUACUCUUUGUACUUAAUUAAGUAAAUAAUUAAAAAAAAAAUAUUUAAAAAAAGCAAUAUGUUUCAAAAAACACAAAAUAUAUUUAAAUUCGUAUAAAAAAGCGCAAUAUUUACAUUUAUGUUUUAUGAAAAUUUAAGAAAAAAAUAUAGAAUCAUGUAUGUAUGUUUCUUUCCUCUUGUUUAUCUUUAAAAUAAACAACAACAACAAACACACACUCAGACACACUCACUCACCCAACUGAAUUAUUAUAUAAAAUUAAUACCAAAAAAUAAUGAAAUGACAGAAAUUUAAAUUUAAAUAAAAAAGUUAACAGAUACAACGGAAAAUUACUAGUUAAUUAAUUUAUUCAUUGGUUGCAAUUACAAAAGAAAAAAAUUACAUUUGUAUAUUUAUGUAGUUUUCUAAAACGAAGUUUGAAUCGAAAUAAAAAUUACUAAAAAUUGGAAUGGAAAGAAAAAAAUGAAAGAAAUGAAAAAUAAAACGAAAAAAAAUUUGAUUGUGAAAA